GCCAGCCCUUCUCCCAUUAUUGUGAACACCGAGACUCUGGAGCCCAGCCUCUCCGUGAAUGGCAGCGACGGCAUGUUCAAGUACGAGGAGAUCGUCCUGGAGCGGGGAAACUCCGGCCUGGGCUUCAGCAUCGCUGGUGGCACCGAUAACCCCCAUAUCCCUGACGAUCCUGGCAUUUUCAUCACCAAGAUCAUCCCCGGUGGGGCGGCUGCCAUGGAUGGGCGCCUGGGGGUCAACGACUGUGUGCUCCGGGUCAACGAGGUCGAUGUCUCGGAGGUGGUGCACAGCAAGGCGGUGGAGGCGCUGAAGGAGGCAGGGCCGGUGGUGAGGCUGCUGGUCAGGCGAAGGCAGCCCCCUCCGGAGACCAUCAUGGAGGUCAACCUCAUGAAAGGACCGAAAGGGCUGGGCUUCAGCAUCGCGGGGGGCAUCGGGAACCAGCACAUCCCGGGCGACAACAGCAUCUACAUCACCAAGAUCAUCGAAGGGGGCGCGGCCCAGAAGGACGGGCGGCUGCAGAUCGGCGACCGGCUGCUGGCGGUAAACAACACCAACCUGCAAGAGGUGCGGCACGAAGAGGCUGUGGCCGCUCUCAAGAACACCUCCGACAUGGUGUACCUGAAGGUGGCCAAGCCAGGCAGCUCCCACAUGAAUGAGCUGUAUGCGCCCCCAGACUACGCCAGCACUUUCUCUGCCUUGGCCGACAACCACAUAAGCCAUAAUCCUGGCCUAGGCUAUCUCGGAGGCAUGGAGAGCAAGCCCGCUUACCCUGCUCCCCCCCAGGUCACGCCUGCCCGCUACUCGCCUGUGCCCCGCCACCUGAUUGGAGAGGAGGACUUCACCAGGGAGCCCCGGAAGAUCUCUCUGCACAAGGGAACAAGUGGUCUGGGCUUCAACAUUGUGGGGGGCGAGGAUGGGGAGGGCAUCUUUGUCUCCUUCAUCCUGGCCGGGGGACCAGCAGACUUGAGCGGGGAGCUGCGGCGUGGCGAUCGGAUCCUAUCGGUGAAUGGCGUCAACCUCCGGAACGCGACACAUGAACAAGCGGCAGCAGCCCUGAAGAGGGCGGGGCAGACUGUCACCAUCGUGGCCCAGUACAGGCCGGAAGAGUACAGCCGCUUUGAGUCCAAGAUCCAUGACCUCCGAGAGCAGAUGAUGAACAGCAGCAUGAGUUCGGGCUCCGGUUCACUUCGGACAAGCGAGAAGAGAUCCCUCUACGUCCGGGCCCUCUUUGACUAUGACCGAACUCGGGACAGCUGCUUGCCCAGCCAGGGACUCAGUUUUUCCUACGGGGACAUUCUGCACGUCAUCAAUGCCUCGGAUGACGAGUGGUGGCAGGCCAGGCUGGUGACCCCUCACGGCGAGAGCGAGCAGAUCGGAGUCAUUCCCAGCAAGAAGAGGGUGGAAAAAAAGGAACGAGCACGCUUGAAAACAGUGAAGUUCCACGCUCGGACAGGGAUGAUAGAAUCCAACCGAUUGAUCAAAACGAAACGUAAAAAGAGUUUCCGUCUCUCUCGAAAAUUCCCCUUUUACAAGAGCAAAGAGAACUUGGCUCAGGAAAGCAGCGGACAGGAACAGGGUGUGACAUCCAACACCAGUGACAGCGAGAGCAGUUCCAAAGGACAAGAGGACACAAUUCUGUCGUACGAACCUGUGAUGAGGCAAGAAAUUCACUACGCCAGGCCAGUGAUUGUUUUGGGGCCCAUGAAGGACCGAGUCAACGAUGACCUCAUCUCAGAAUUCCCACACAAGUUUGGAUCCUGUGUGCCUCACACCACCAGGCCACGACGUGAAAACGAAGUUGACGGACAGGAUUACCACUUUGUGGGCUCACGGGAGCAGAUGGAGAAGGACAUUCAGGACAGCAAGUUUAUCGAAGCCGGGCAGUUCAACGACAAUCUCUACGGCACCAGUGUCCAGUCUGUGCGGGCGGUGGCUGAGCGGGGGAAGCACUGCAUCCUGGAUGUGUCGGGCAAUGCGAUCAAAAGAUUGCAGCAAGCACAGCUGUACCCGGUUGCGGUCUUCAUCAAGCCCAAAUCCAUCGAAGCGCUCAUGGAGAUGAACCGGAGGCAGACGUACGAGCAGGCCAACAAGGUCUUUGACAAAGCCAUGAAAUUGGAGCAGGAGUUUGGAGAGUACUUCACAGCCAUUGUACAAGGAGACUCCCUGGAAGAGAUUUACAGUAAAAUCAAACAGAUCAUCGAGGACCAAUCUGGGCAUUAUAUCUGGAUCCCAUCCUCUGAGAAACUGUGAUGUCCCCCUCCCUUCAAUCAACCCACUAGGAGAUCAGCGACCCUUCCCCCCCCGUCCUCUGCCCCAGAGGGGGAGCGAGAAGGCCACCCCGUCCCUUUUCUAGAUGGUUGACAAUUGCGUUUUCUAGUCCUGUUUUUUCUUUUUCUCGGGAUGGGCCAGUCUCCUUCAUCAAGUGACUGUCCCCACCAUUCCUGCAUGGACUAUCCUGCUGCUCCCCUAGAAAUGGGGACAACACCCUAUUUGAGAGUUUUCUGUGUUUUUAAUUAAGAAAAUACGUCAACUGUUGAAGUCAGAAAGCAAGGCAGGAGGUGGCAGUGGUCAAGGAGCCUCGAGAGCCACCGACGCGACACAUGGACAGUUCUUGCCCCUCUCGGUAGAGUGGAGACUGGCAGCCUGUCAAUUUUACCAAGAAGAAAAGGCAACAGAAUGCUUUUAUUUAUCUAGAUAUGUAAUUUUAUAUAUAUAAUAUAUGCUCUGAAUAUAUACAUAUAUAUGACUAGAGAAUGUUCUGAAUAUAGUCAUGUAUAUAUAUAUAUAUACACACACACAGGCACGCACACGCGAGACUAGAGAAUCCAAGGAGGCUGCUGGAAUGUUCUUUGCUAGCGAAAGAAUUGCCACCCUGCCUCAGCCAUUGGGACAGAAACCGCUGUGGAAGUGGAAUUCAUGGUACGGAGCGUUUUGUGGUUCUUCCAAAGCCGAUUGCUGCGUUUGGAAAGAGAGAAGCCAGCACUCUGGAGCAGACAGAGGGCCCAGAGCCACAUAAACAAACGACAACAAUUUAUUUGAGCACGCAAAAGCAAAAAGAUAACGCUACAUAUUAACUGCACAUUGUUUUAUGUCACCUGAUGUGUUUGCAUGAGAGGUUUUUUUAAGCUGCUGUUAAACCAAAAUCAUGUUUGUGUUGGUGUGUGUUGGCUUUUCAUUAUUCCAAGCUUUUUGAUUUUAAUAAUGAACUGAACGGGUAUACAAUCCAGUUUUUUAACUUAUUUUUUAAGAUUGUCCCAUUGUAAAUAGUUUCCAGACCCAACCUACAGACCGUGCGGGAUGAGCACAGCGGCGGCUGUUCUGUGUUGCAGUCGGGUCCCUUGGAAGAGACUCGACUCCGUCCCACUGACUCGUUCCGUGGGAGAGCCUGGAGCGGCUCCGUGCAGUGGGAAGCUGGACGCAGCAGGCGGCGUGAAGAGAAGCUUGUGCCUUGGAGGGUCACUCUUUCAACCAUGUUUUCAGUGGAAAAUUGACUCAAGAACCUGGGAAGUUCUUAUUCUAGCAGAAUUGUGCCAAAUUCUGGUUGCAACACUUGAAGCCCUUCCUGACCAAGCUAAUCCUUGGAGGCUCCGUGAAGAAUCGCACCCUCCGUCUCCUUUGUGCUUCUACAUGACCCUCGUUGCAGAGACGGACCCUGGCCGUUCCUUGCUGCCAACAUCCGCUUGCAAUUCUUAGGAUAGCAAAGGGCAAGUGCAAUUGAGAAUGCGCUCUCCGUGUGGCACAGACUGUUAGUCUUCCGUGGACUGCGGCUAGCUGCUAAUGGGAAGCCUUGGUUUGUGGUCAUGUCAGUGUGUAGACUGUAGGUGCAAAAAAGGGUUUGUUUGUUUUUCUAUUGCCGAACAAGAGAGUAAGUUGGAUUUGUGGAAGUUCUGGGUGGAGUGUCCAAGCGUUGCUAGACGGGUGCGAGCCCUUGCCCGUGGGCCAGAGGAGGAGAUUUGCCCACUUUUCGCCAUCUUGCCCCAAUCUCAAGUUUGAAAGGGACGAUUGUACACAUCUCGUUUCCAUGGAGCGAGAGCCACGGCUGCUACGGGAGGAGAGAUCCGAGUUGUCCUGGUCCCAAUCCUCCGGGUGGGACGAGGCCUCGGCUUGUAGCCGGUCGAUGCCGUCCGCUCCAUAGCUGGUAGGUAGCUAUAUCAUUCAUUGUGUGAUUUGUGCACGGCCUUCAUUGUUAAACAUGGGUGAAAACUGUCAUCUUGCGGAGAAUCAUUCUGGUAAGCGAGAAGCCAUUCCCACAUCAGCUGUGUUGCAAGAAACGUCAAGUGGAACUUCGGAAGGACCAGAGCGGCUGUUCACUGGUGAAGAGUCGGGAGGAAGCUGCUGUCAGGUACGAGAAUCCCUGGGGGUGGAAGGCUUUGGGAGAGGCCACCCCCCGACUUCCUCUGCUCAGCCGGUGUUUGCAAGACACGUUCUGAAGAACCGGACUAUGCAUCAAUAGAAACAGCGCUCGAGGUGGCUCGUCUCCGAUGACUUUUAUUUUGUAAUAGCCGGUCACUGUCUUCUAGGCUCAUGGAGGAAGCCUGCCUCCUCCAUGGCAUAGCUGAAAGUAUCCAACCAUGACACUAGUUGGUUUACCAGUGUUUCUUCCAAGGAGACAUAUAUUUUUAAUAAACGAACAUUGCAAUGA